CUCUGAGGGCCACAGCCACGGCUGACAGCAGCCCCUACGGUGCCGCCGAGCAGCCGCCGUCCCGCGCGGCGCGCUUCCCAAGUUCGAAGCAUGCUACUCCGCGUUCAAACACUCCCGCCGCAGCCGCAUUCCACCUGUGGCUAACGACUGCUCUCGAAAGGAAUAUGACGUCGCAACUCGGAGCGCCCGUCCGUAGGACGGGCACCUUUUUGCUUCUCAUUAUCUCGAUUUCUUGCCCCCGUGUUCUGUGUCAAGUGCUUCAGCACACCAAAAUCGCGCUGCCCGGAGCUGCGUUAGAAACGAGAGAAGAGGCACUGAAACUGAAAGGGCCGCACCGUCCACCCGAGCUCUUGGUGCUCGCGCCGGACGACGAUAUGUUUCCGUACUCGUUGCACAAGGUCGUUCCCGCUGUGAUGGUGGCCGUCGAGCACUUGCAGCACAGCAGAAACCUCACGCUCGUGGUCAACUACAACAACACAAACUGUUCCUCGUCGCACGGCCCGCUACUGGCGUUCGACCACUACAUCGCCGGCAAGGUGGACGUAUUCCUGGGGCCCACAUGUUCGUACGUGCUGGCGCCCGUGGCCCGCUACAGCGCCGAGUGGGACCUGCCAGUGCUCACGUCGUCCGGACAGAACGACAACUUCGACAUGAAACACCCGAACUACCGCCUCCUGACGCGCAUGAACGGCUCGUUCACUCAGGUGGGCCAGCUUUUCAUCGAGACGCUGCGCCGCUUCGGUUGGCAGGUGGUCGCUUUCCUUUUCCACGAGUUCCGCGAACGAACCAAGGGCCACUCGGACUGCUUCUUCAACCUGGCCGCAGUUUUCAACGCUCUCGGCGGUGGGCACAUGUUUCACCAAAAGUUUGACGAAGAAGAUCCCAGCCUGAACCUCGAAACUCUGAUGCAACAGGUGGCACGCAACGCUAGAAUUGUCGUCAUAUGCGCUUCCCCCGACACGGUGCGGGAGAUAAUGCUCACUGCAGACGACCUCGGCAUGGACAACGGGGACUUCGUGUUUUUCUCCGUGGAAUUAUUCACCACGCGCAACACGAGCAACACGCGACCCUGGUACCGGGAGUCCGACACAGCGGAGCGCAAUCAGCGCGCGCGGAGAGCUUACGAAGCGCUGCUGGUGGUACAGACGAGAAUCCCCGAGACGCCCGAGUUCUCGCACUUUAAGCAAGCCCUGCAGGAGACAGCUCGCAAGGAGUUCGAGUUCGACUACAAUACGGACGAGGUGAACCCAUUUGUAUCCGCCUUCUAUGAAGCCGUGAUCCUAUACGCAUUGGCCAUCAACGAAACCAUAAUGGACGGCAUGCCCAUCACAAAUGGAAGUUACAUUACGCAGAAAAUGUGGAACAGAACGUUUGAAGGAAUCACGGGUGCAGUGAGGGUAAACGAGAAAGGAGACCGGGACUUGGACUACUCCAUCCUGGACAUGAAUCCAGAGACAGGACAAUACCACGUGGUAGCCAACUACCUGGGUAUGCGGCAUGAGUUCGUGGAUGUGCCAAACCGCACCAUUCACUGGGCCGGAGGGCGCACCUCGCCACCUCCUGAUGUACCUCGUUGCGGAUUCGAUGGAUCACAGUGUGCCGACGAAAGCCAAGGCAAAUACAUGAUCAUCACCUCGGUGCUUGGAACUCUCAUGAUUAUUGUAUGCCUCGCUUCAUUCUUUGUUUACAGGCAUUUUAAGUUGGAAGCGGAACUUGCAUCUAUGACAUGGAAGAUUCGUUGGGAAGAUAUUAAUCAAACACUCUCCAACAAGCAUGGGGGCUUCGGAUCGAGAAUCAGCUUGGGAAAAACGGGUAGCAGCACGUCGUCAGAAACCCUGGCACUGCGAAACGACAGACAGAUGUUCAUCCGUACUGCCUAUUACAAGGACACUCUCGUGGCAAUUAAGCCAUUGAACAAGGCGAGGAUAGACAUCACUAGAUCCCUUCUUCUGGAGCUGAAAUACAUGAAAGACCUCCAGCACGACCACAUCGUUCGCUUCAUUGGAGCUUGCAUUGAUCCACCGCACUGCUGUCUUGUAAAGGAGUACUGUCCUAAAGGAAGUCUUCAGGACAUCCUUGAAAACGAGGAGAUUAAGCUGGACUGGAUGUUUCGCUACUCCCUGAUGCACGACCUCGUCAAAGGCAUGGCGUACCUGCACAACAGCGAAAUUCACAGCCACGGCAAUCUGAAGUCAUCGAACUGCGUGGUCGACAGCCGUUUCGUGCUCAAGAUCACAGACUUUGGGCUCCACAACUUGCGCGCCUACGACGAGAACGAGAAUGAGGACACUUACGCAUACUGGAGGAGGAAGUUAUGGACAGCACCGGAGCUUCUUCGGUCCCCUGAGCCGCCCGUUAAUGGGACACAGAAAGGGGACGUUUACUCUUUUGCAAUCAUUUCGCAUGAGAUUGCCGUUCGCCAGGGGGCAUUCUAUUUGGGAAAUAUCGACAUGAGCCCCAAAGAGAUCGUAGAGCAAGUCAUAUCUGAAUCAAAGCCACUUUUUCGGCCUGUGUUUGACGAAAUCGACUGCCCAGACGAAGUACGUCAGCUGAUCACAAAGUGCUGGGCUGGCGACCCAAAUGAGAGGCCGGACUUUCAGGCCUUGAAGCCGCUCAUUAGAAAGCUGAACAAGGAAUCCGAGAGUGGCAAUAUCCUGGACAACCUCCUGUCACGGAUGGAGCAGUACGCCAACAACUUGGAGUCUCUCGUAGAGGAAAGGACCGCAGACUACCUCGAGGAGAAGCGAAAAGCCGAAGAUCUACUUUAUCAGCUCUUACCAAAAUCAGUAGCAAGCCAGCUCAUCAAGGGUCAAUCAGUCCGUGCUGAAUCAUACGACAUCGUCACUAUUUACUUUAGCGACAUCGUAGGAUUUACAUCACUGUCUGCCCAAAGCACUCCUAUGCAGGUGGUGGACUUGCUCAACGACCUUUACACCUGCUUUGAUUCUGUAAUUGAAAACUUCGACGUCUACAAGGUAGAAACAAUAGGCGACGCAUAUAUGGUUGUCUCUGGCUUGCCUGUCAGAAACGGCAUCAUGAAUGCACGUGAGAUUGCCCGGAUGUCACUUGCGCUCCUCAAGCAAGUGCUUUCAUUCAAGAUUCGGCAUCGGCCUGGAGAGCAGCUGAACUUACGCAUUGGAAUUCAUACAGGAGCCUGUGCAGCGGGUGUUGUUGGAUUGAAAAUGCCGCGAUACUGCCUUUUUGGGGACACUGUGAACACGGCUUCGAGAAUGGAAUCAAACGGACUGCCACUUAAGAUCCACGUGAGUUCUUCAACAAAAGAAGUCUUAGACACAUUCAAAACAUUUCAACUAGAGUUGCGUGGCGAAGUCGAAAUGAAGGGCAAGGGAAAGAUGACGACCUACUGGCUGUUGGGAGAGCAAGACAGAGAGAAUUGCUCCACUGGUCCGCUCACACCUACGGCUACUUCGACUGAAGUGCGAAAGGAGACCAAGAUAUGACCUCCGAAGUGCGUAAAAUCUGCAGCGCCUUCACCGUCCGCCGCUCAAUCUUGACAUUCAAGCGCCCAGCAGUGCGCCCACCAACGUGUUCUGUGAGCCCGGCGCUAAUCUCUAGCUCGUGGCGGACGUCCCCGGGACAGCGGCUUCGGUGAUGUUGUGUCGUGCUCAUACAUUUGAAGCAGUGACAAACUCUGAACACUGCACUGGCUUCGAUAUGCGACACGCCCCCAUGGCGCCACCAAACACACCGGUUUUCAACAGACGAAAUGAACAUUUGUUUCGAAGGCUGGACAAACUUUUUUUUUUCCGGAACCAUAGCUUAUCGUAAGUCACCGAUCAGAGCUUCUAUGAAAAACGUUGUGGCGAGCUUCUGUACAUAGGCCGGAAAAUCUGGCACCGUAUAUUGUCCCGAGAACACCGUCGAGUAGAUUAAAUUAGCGCAGAAAGAGUUUACAAUUGCAGGGUGUAAAGGUAACAGCUCUUAGUAAAAAUCGAGAGAGGAAUCAUUGCCGCAUUGUUGGUGAAAGAUACUGCGCUCUCUCGGCGAUAGCUUUCGGAACGCUUGUGAAAUUCUGGCACUUCCGGCUGUUUGCUUCAUUUGUAGAAACUCUCAAGCUGUCGUGCACCUAUAUUUCUAAGCACAUUACUGUUCCUUUCGAACUGCAGGCUUAAUGCGAACCUUAUAAUCCCCUUUUACAUACAACUCAUCUUUCACUAUAUUCGCGACUCACGAAGCAAGCAGGCGACAUUUUACCCCCGAAAAGCGAAAGCCAGCAAAUUACUAUCAUCAUGUCAGUCAAUCGGAAGGAAUAGCAACAGGCGUUUAUUCUAUCCACUGGGCUCGUUCCGAAAAUCAAUGACAAAAAGUAAGUGAUGUACGCAAUUAUUGUGCUUGUACGAAUAGGUAUUCCGCCUCGUUAAGAUUAGGCAGGAUACCAUCACCCGAAGCGGCGGUACUAUAAACUUUUAUUACGGUGCAGUGGCAGCACAGAAGGGUGGAUGUAUAAGUGGUACUACCAAGCUGGAAAGGAAUGCUGGAUUUAAACAUAAACGAACAAAAACAAAAGAAGAAAAGCUUCCUUGAAUACAUAAAAGAAAUCUUUGUCCAUCACGAACUAGUAUUUGCGAAAUAGCGGGGAAAAAAUAUAAAUUUAGCUUAUUGACAUGAUUGGUAUUUUAAGCUUAUCUGUUCUUAUCAGCUUAAUAUUGGUUCUAAGUCUGUUUAGACACUGCUUUUUAUUGACCUUUCAAAACACUUUCUUACGUCAACUACCUGCUAUAGGUGAGCACAAAUUAGGUGAGCAGAAAAUCCGCUUCGAAUAAAUACGCACGAACGCGUUAUGCAGGGAACCGCGUCGCAGGACCUGUGGCGCCAUCUACACUGGCAGCAGGAAAGCUUUUGCAAGAAACGAGCAGUGAGCGGCAAACUUAAAAGAUGAAAUGACUCGUUUUUCUUUUCUUUUUUCCAGACUGAGAGCUACGUUGAUACAUUCUUUUAUACGAACAGAUGAGGAUUGCAGAAGCAAAAAAAAAACUAAAUGGCCAUUAAACAAGUAAUUGCUUGAUGCAAAUGUCACAAGAAACAGAUAAGCUUCAGUGCAUUUAGGAUGGUGCUAAUUAUGCAAUACUGUUUUGUUUGAAAUUAGUGCAUUUUUAUCUGUUCUUCCUGCAACAUAUUGUACCUAAUUCCUCGUCCGUAUGUUUGUUUUAAGAAUACCGGCAUUCCCUUGGUUACAAAGCCUAUUGAGUAUUGUUCUGGUCUUUAAAAAUUUGAACAGCGUUUGUCAAACUGGACAGCUCCCUCUUUUUAUUUUGUGGGCAACUUCCUAGCGAGAAUAAAGUUACUACUGGCAAUGCACUGAUCGAAAAACCAAAAGAGCUGCGAUGAACUACAGCUUUAUCUCAAUCAUAUGUGCGAACAUAUAGUUCACCUCUUCGAGAUGCUCCGCAUCUCGAAGAGGUGUGUUUCUAUGCAGGGUGCUCGGUGUAAUAGUGACGAGUUCACAUUUCGAGGUAAAAUCUCAUUAUUUUGGAAAAGAGAUAAAAUUUAAUUCUUUCGCAAAAGCAUCAAGUCUAAAUAGUUGCACAUCUUCAAAUAACCGUUACCAAUUACAAUAGAAAGCCGAGACUUCUCGAAUACACUUAGAAAUGUAUAGCCAAGAGAGAUAGUACUUGUAAGAUAGUAAAAUAAAGGAAAUUGAUAUCAAGAUUCUACGUUUACAUGUUGUAAAUACAAACGCUCGCGGAUGUCAUUCUCAGUUAUCAGGAUAGAUGUUUAUUGAGGAUGUGUUAAAGUGUAAAAAUGUCAUUACCCACAUAGCUUGUUAAUAGAUAACCGUUCUUGAGCCCUGUUGGGUACAAACUGGGCGGAAACAAAAGCUGCUGCCGGCAGCUCAAAUGAUAAUCUUUCUGGAGAAUUCCGGGACUCGCAGUUGCUCUGUAAAUUUGUAUGUAACGAAAUAGAUCGUGUGACGUGUUCUUGUUUACUUUUUCAUCUUCCUUUCACUUUUGAGUUCUCAGUCCUCGAAUAAAUGUCUCAUUUUUUUAAGGGAAUAAAUUAUUCCUAACCAGUUGUGUACCCAGAAACACAUUAUUGCGAUUGUAACAACUGUAAAUCACUGUACAUGCCCCGAUUUAGUGGAAUUUAGCUCGUCAUCACAAGGGUACCCCAAGAUUAAAAAAAAUCAUUUAUUAAAUUUUAUUCACUCACUCACUACAGACUCAGCACAAACGCCAGCAUCUGCGGAAAUUUAUUUCUGCACUCUGCUUCCGUCGACCGCAAGACAUACGCACUUUGGCAUUAAAGUAUAAAUAGUGAAACUGUUUGUAAUUAAACAACAUUUCUGCGCAAUGCAUAUAUCUGAGAACAAUUUGUGAGUUCGCUGUUCGUGAGUGCGUUCUCGUGAGUUCACGCGUAGACACGUAAAAAAUAUACAAGUGGAAUAUAUUCAUAAACAUUAUUAUAGUUAUACUCUUACAAAUAUCUCGCGACAUGAGUAGAGAUAACUAAAAAAGGAACGGAGGGAAAGUAGUUUUUGGUGUUAUUACAUCCGCAUGAAUGUAUUGCAUUUCCCACCCGAACCACUCGGAUUCAAAGCGCGUGAGCACUCCGUUGAUUCCCUGUUCAUAACAUCAUUACAUACUUCACCGCCCUUCAUAUGCGUGAUUGUUUUUACACUCCUUUCGCAAAGUUCAUUUAAAAGUCACAGUUUCGCCGCAAAUGCGAAGCAAUGAACACGAUAGAAAGAAACUGACAUGUCAGACGAAGAACCAAAAGCAGCUCUAUACUUGCAGCGCGCCGCUGAAGCACAAAGGAGGACGCCCUAAAC